CUCAGUGUUUUGGUGCAGUGUCACAUUUGUCAUCGUUAGAGGGUGUGGUUAUGUUAUCAUAGCAAUUGAUUUUUAGCAAAAUUAAACCAACCAUGACGAAUAUCGCUAUCUUAUCAUCAUUCCUCAUCACUUUAAUAUCAGUAGAAGUGGUGUUGUCGCUUGAGUGCUAUGUUUGCGACCGACAAGAAGACAAUUUGGGCAAAUGUGCACAAACAAUACGAACAUGUGAACCUGGACAGGAUGUGUGUUUGACUGAAAUUAGUUGGGGUAGCACUCCGUACUGGCAGCAGGGUGCUUUGAAGCAAUAUUACAUAUCAAAGAACUGUUCAACGAAAGAGUACUGUGCAAAAUAUCGUAGGGAUAAUAUGCCCUUGUGCACGCACAUUUGGUAUCAAGAUUGGAAGUGUUCUGAGUGUUGUAAGGGUGACAGGUGCAACUAUUACAUAAUUUCUGGCGCAAACAAAAUUGGAGGUCUGAGGAAUGUACUUUUCGUUAGUGUUGUUCUCAGUAUUAUUUACAAGAUUUUAUGAAGAAUUUGAAAUCAGCAUUGCUGGUGUGCCUUUACAAUUACGACUUUUUUUUACAUUUUUUUUAUGGAAACAAUCCGUCCACAUUGUUGUUAAACAGUUAAAACUUAUUUUAAUUUUUAUAUUACUGAUAGUUGUAAGUUUUAAUACAUUGAUAGUUUUUUA